AUGACCGAAUCGGUUGCUCAAAAGGCUGUGUGCGUGUACUGCGGGUCGUCUUAUGGCGAAAAACCGCAAUUUGCAGAGGAAGCUCGCAAAUUGGGAUCGUUAUUACACUCUAUGCAAUGGAAACUUGUGUAUGGCGGUGGAACGACGGGAUUGAUGGGCGAAAUUGCAAAAGCUGCAAUGGGACCGCAAGUGGACGGCUAUGUUCAUGGCAUCAUCCCAAACGCGUUGGUUUCGAGGGAACGCACGGAGGACUCUGGCUCACAGGAGAAGAAAAACUCGGUAUCGUCGUUCAACGAUGAAAUCAAAAAAUCCGUGGAAAACCACAACGGUUCUACACCAUUGAGUCACGAAUACGGAACCACCACCAUUGUGCCAGACAUGCACACCCGUAAGCGCAUGAUGGCUACUGAAAGUGAUGCAUUUGUCGCAAUGCCCGGUGGAUACGGAACGCUGGAAGAGAUCAUGGAGUGCAUCACGUGGUCGCAGCUAGGCAUUCACCAAAAACCGGUAGUCCUAUUCAACAUGGACGGAUUUUUCAACGGGUUGCUAGAGUUCAUCCAGCAUUCCAUCAAGAGCGGAUUCAUCAGCGAGAAGAAUGGCCGCAUUAUCCAAGUUGCAUCUACUGCGGAAGAGGUGGUUGAUAAGAUUCAGCAGUACGUCGUUCCCGAUGGCCGUUUCACGCUAAACUGGAGCGAUGAGUACGCCGAAAACAAAUAG